AUUUCAUCCAAAUCUUUAAUCGCCUUGUUAUCAAUCACAUUUGACUUGAUUUGUUACCAAAACUUUACCAAAAAGAGCCUCGGUUCAUCUUUCCGCGGAGUUGGGACUUUAUGCGUUUGGAUUUCUGGAAAAGAAGUCUCUAAAUUAUUUAUAGUCAUCCAACUCGUUUCACACGAAUUUCUGUCUUCAGGUGUCUUCAGGCGGUUUACGCCGUCUCGACCUGCCUUUAAAAAUGUCUGGGAAUUUUGAAAUUCCAGGCCUAUCCAUCUCGAAGGCAAUAGAUGAGCCCCAAUCCCAACGAAGUGCUCCUAAUGAGGCCCAGCCCGUGACUUCUCAGCCUACUACUUCUCAGCCUAGUACUGAGAUGGACAUUGAUGCUCCUGCUCCUAAAGAGAAUGCGUCAUUACCUGAACCUGAGAGCAGCGAGACAAAAGUUGAGGAACCUGAGAGCUCUGAUGUUGCUAUCAAAGAUGCACCACCCAGCCCUCCCUCCUUAACUUCAGCGCUGGAAGCUCUUCUUGGUGGUUUAGAUGCCCCGGUACCACAAGAGUCGAAUGCGCUAUCUGCUGAACCUAAUGGCACUGAGCAGGAUGGGCAGGCUCAAGAGCAAGAUGAGCAAGGUGAACAAGGUGACCCGGAAUGGGAAGAGGACUCAUCUCCAUACGAAUCUUCAUCCGAUUCAAGUAGUUCAGAUGAUUCGGACGACGAGUCAGAAGAUGGGAAAAAUUACGAACUUCUCGGCCCCGAGGAGACCGCCCGCAUUCUUAUGGAGAUGGAGGGUGGAUCAGACGACGAAGGCGAGGGGAAGGCGAAGGGAAACGGCUCUGGUGCACAGGUUCGCACAAAGAAUGAAUUGCCUGAAGAAGUAGUUCCUAAGCCAGAUGUCGUUAUAACGCCCGAAAUGGAUAUCACCGAACUUGGCGUAGUUGAGCACGUUGUCGAGAACACGGUUGUAAUCAAGGCGAUUACUACAGGAGAGUACCAAGUACUUGACAGCGGCUCAGUCCUCUGUACGGAAGAUCGUACUGUUAUCGCAGCCAUUGCCGAUUUAAUCGGCAACGUGAGACAGCCAUGCUAUACCGCGAGGUUUACAAACGAAGAAGAAAUCAAAUCAUACGGCUUAGAAAAAGGGACCAAGGUUUUCUACCCGCCUUCACAUGCGAUAUACGUCUUCACACAACCACUUCGCGAGCAGAAAGGCACAGAUGCGAGCAAUUGGCAUGAUGAAGAGGCUGGUGAUGAUGAAAUUGAGUUUUCGGACGACGAAAAAGAAGCCGAACAUAAGAGGCAGCUAAAGGCUAAGAAAAGGGGGGGCCGCGGUGGCAAGGGCGGUGCAGGGGGGCGGGGAGGUAACGUGGAAGCCUUAUCCCUUCCUCCGAUGACUGGUCUAAAGUAUGAUGAUGACGAUGAGGACGGGCCUUAUCGAAAACUUGCAAGGCCGACGAGCUUUGCACAGGGCCAAUCUACCCCUUCAGAAGCUGGAUAUUCAAACCAUCAUGCCAACAAUAACAGCUCAUUCAGAGGAGGCCGAGGCCGAGGCCAGCGUGGGUACGGAUAUGGUCGUGGUGGGCGGGGCAACCGUGGUGAUUCACGAGGAGGUCAUUCUUUGCCACCUAGGCCACCACGAGGACAAGAUUAUCAACCUCAGACUCAGCAAUAUAACUAUCCACCAGCUCCUCCCCCAGUCGCCAACACAACAUACCCCCCGCAAACGCUGCCAUUCUAUGGCACGCCUAAUGGCCAUCAACAGGCCAAUGCACAGUUCGCAUUCCCUUGGCCACAGAACGUUCCACAAGGCUUCAUUCCGCCUCCACCACCGCAGUUUACUGGGCAGCAACCUGGCGCGUAUUAUAGCCCGGAGUUCUUCGCUGCCUUACAAAGUCAGAUGCAGGGACAAUCCAAUCAGCAAAACGGCCAGUGGCCCGGACACGGCGGUGCUGGGUAGAAUCCUAACGCCAUGAAUGGACAUAUGGGCUCGAAUAUUCCCGGUGUCUAUUCGUCUCGCGAAUUGAAUGCUAAUGCUAAUGGUUCCGUUGCCGCAGAUGUCAGUAGACUUCGACAGUCUGUUGUUGGCCAGAUCCAUGCUAAUAACUCUGUAGACACAUCCUGCCCAACGAAGUUCUAGGCAAUGGCCUAGCCAAAAGAAUAUGGCAAAAGAGAAAAAUACUGGAGCAGGUGUGCAAAAGCCCCGGAGCAAGACUCGAUGGAAAGGCCGCAGGGGUCAAAAUGGCAAGAAGAGAAAUGCUUAGAAGGCCCUAG